AUGAAGAUGAGGAAGCUUUGUCCGAAUUUAGACAAUGAAGACGGGUUAGAGACGGUUUUAGAGGUUCCUGUGCCGGAAGAAAUGUUUACGAAGAUGGGAAGCAGCGCGACGGGGCGAUGGAGGAAUAUGCACGCUCUUAUGAAGGCUCAUGCCGUCGUGACAGCAGUCGCCGCUGACAUGAAACCACGGGCGUCUUCGUCGUCGAUGAGUAAUGUUAAUAUGCAUUUGCAGUCCAAAACAGAUAAUGAGUUUGUGGCGUUGUUGAAGAUCGUGGGAAGUCCUCUUAUUCCGUUUCAUGUCCCUCUUGAAUUUUGUCUCUCACGACCCAUCAAUGUCACUUCCAUCGAGGCGUCAACGGCUAAGUACAUAGUGCAGCAAUACGUGGCUGCGUGUGGAGGUCCUGCCGCUUUGAACGCGGUGAAGAGCAUGUAUGCGGUGGGGCAGGUGAGGAUGCAAGGCUCCGGGAUGGUUGCUGGAGAGGAUGAAGGGAUAACAGCCACGCCUGUGCGGCUGGGGAAAGGCAAUUUCGAAGUCGGAGGUUUUGUUUUAUGGCAGAAGAAUCAAAACCUUUGGUUCUUGGAGCUAGUGGUUUCCGGUUUCAAGAUUAACGCCGGUAGUGACGGCAAAGUGGCUUGGAACCAAUCAUCCACCCAGCCUUCCCAAGCUCACCGUGGCCCUCCUCGUCCUCUCCGCCGUUUUUUUCAGACGCCGACGCUGACGCCGAUUGUUGUUCGUUUCGAAGACGCAGAAAAUUGA